GGUGAAGGGUGGUCUGGUGUGCACCCUUCGCCGUAAAAUUAUGUGAUGUACAGAGAUUUAAGUGUUAGCUAUUAUACCAAUCUUUAGAAACUUUCUUGGUAGUUUCUGGUGAGAAAAUGAGCAAAUGCAAAAUUGGAUUUAUUAUGCAAUGUUCUUUUUACAUCAUCAUACUAUCUUUUACGUGUCUUUUAGGGUGUGAGUUGCGACUAGAACUAUUUCAUUAUUAUGCAAGCUAGAGAAAACUGAAAUGAGUAUAGCUUCUAUUUGUCAUCCAAUUAUGGAGAAAUGAUGUGAAUUGUUGUCGUUUGUAUGCAGAGUCAAGAAGUCAAGUCUUUCUACUGGUGUCAAUGUGAAAACUUCAUUUUUUUCUUUUGCCACUUGCCUUUCUUUUGUUUAGUAAGUGUGACCCUUCUUAUACGUUUGGUUUCAUAUUAUGUUUCCUUUUGACAAAUUUUACGAAUAAGCUAAAGACUAUUAAUAGAUCUAGGUAGAUUUACUAUAUGAUUCAAAAACCUUCAGCUAGUUUUCAUCUUUCUUGCAAUAUGGAUUUUUCUUCUUCUUUAAUUUGCUUCCUUCUGUCUCUUUUUCUGAUCUUAGUUCGGGCAAAGGGAAAAAAUGAUUCAACUUGUCCAAAGUCCUUUUCAUGUGGAAAUCUUACUGACCUGAGCUUUCCUUUCUCUCUUUCCACACAACCUGAUUGUGGAAUAAUGUUCUUAUCUGGCUGUGAUGCUAAACCAUAUCCAAGAAUCCAACUGCUUCCUGGAGGAGAUUUGUACUAUGCUUUAGGUAUUUGGUUUAAUUAUACAGUUUUGCUUGGGGACCCCAAGCUUUAUGCCAAGUUGAGAAAACACAAGUGCCAGGCUUUUAACAAAACUUUCUCCCUUCCAGACUCUCCUUCCAUUUCUUUCAAAAUUUUGAAUAAUCUCAACUUCUUCAAAUGCAACAUCACUAGUACUAACACCCCAAACAUUACCCACAAGAAUGACCAUUUUGCUGGUUAUAGAAUGUACAAUGAAUGUAAAGGCUUUAGCAUAUCCUAUAAGCUUCCUGGAAGUGAUGAUGGAGACGUUCAAGAAGGCAAUCUUCCUGCCAACUGUUCACUUAUCAGUUUGCCAAUCAACUCGACCUCAGAUGUUGGUGGUUUGUUCAAUAUGUUAAGCGCCGGUUUUCUAGUAGAAUGGAAACUGUCUGAGGACUGUUACCAAUGUCACUAUGGCAGAGGUCAAUGCCAGACUGAUAUAACCAACAAAUUUCAUUGCACAUAUCCAAAUAAUCAAGAUGCAAAAACGACUAGAAGAAAGUUCGGACUGACUCUGGGAGCAGUUUUUGGUGGAUUAGGAUUGGUGAUGAUUUGUUUUGCUGUCUACUUUAUCUGGUGUUACAAGAAGAGAAAGUUUAGUCCAUCCCACUUCCUCUCAACAAAGAAGUUCUCUGACAUUUUUAAACAUGAUAUUGAGGGGGGUAGUAUAUACUUUGGUGUUCCAGUCUUCUCUUAUUCAGAACUUGAAGACGCCACAAAUGAUUUCAAUUCCUCUCGAGUACUUGGAGAUGGAGGUUUUGGAACUGUUUACUAUGGAAAACUUAAGGAUGGACGAGAGGUUGCUGUGAAGCGCCUUUACGAGCACAACUGCAAACGAAUGCAGCAGUUUGUAAAUGAAAUAGAGAUCCUUACUAGGCUAAGGCAUAACAAUCUUGUCACUCUCUAUGGCUGCACUUCAAGGCGUAGCCGUGAACUACUCCUUGUCUAUGAAUACAUUCCUAAUGGAACUCUUGCUGAUCACCUCCAUGGUGACAGAGUGAAGGACGGAUCACUUGCCUGGCCAGUCCGCAUGAACAUUGCCAUAGAAACUGCUGGUGCAUUGGCUUACCUGCAUGCUUCUGACGUAAUACACUGCGAUGUGAAGACUAAUAACAUACUCCUUGAUCACAACUUCAGUGUUAAAGUUGCAGAUUUCGGGAUAUCACAGCUCUUCCCAAAUGAUGUCUCUCAUAUUUCAACUGCACCCCGGGGGACCCCUGGCUAUAUCGAUCCAAAGUAUCAUGAAUGUUACCAGCUGACUAGUAAAAGUGAUGUUUAUAGCUUCGGGGUGGUCCUUGUCGAGCUCAUUUCAUCAAUGCCUGCUGUGGAUAUGAGUAGGCAUAGCCAAGAGAUCAAUUUGGCUAACUUUGCAAUAAACAAGAUCGUAAAAGGUGCAUUUAAUGAGUUGAUCAAUCCAUCCCUGGGGUUUGAUUCAGAUACCAAGAUUUGGGAAAUGACUACUUCAGUGGCAGAGCUGGCAUUUCUGUGCUUGCAGACAGACAGGGACAUAAGGCCCACAAUGGUUGAAGUUUUGGAUACUCUAAAGGAGAUUCAGACUAGUGAAUUUGGUAGUGAGAAGAGAACUCAGUCUAAUCUCAAUGAAAAUGAAGCUAAAAUAGUAGCCUCUUCUCCUUUCCCUGAAUCAGAAGAUAUGUUAUUUUUGAAGAAAGUUAAAUCUUUACCUUCUCCAAAUUCUGUGACUGAUAAAUGGAUUACUUGCUCUGAUAUAACUACUACAAAGUCCAGCAAAUCAGUGGCUCCGUCCAAAGAUCCUCUCUGUUUGUUGUCUUUUGGGGUCAAAAACUGGUGUAGCAGAAAAUGAAUGGGACAAAUUAGAAAAAAAUUAGAAGUGCUUAAACUAACAAGGUACUACUGGAACUCCUGGAAUGGAGGGGCCAUGUUAGAAAUCUAUGCAACUACUAGUGUCACUUUGAGCAUUUAGUUAUAGUGAUAUGCACUAUUGUUUCAAUUUUAGCGAUAGACUCAUAGUGUGUGUUGCAUAAGCUAAGGAUGAUGAUUAAUGAUUUGA